GCCGGCCAUUUCAGUGCUGUUGCUCCAGUCGAACAUUGUCGCGCUCGCUCUUGGUUGGAUUGAAGCGUCACGCAUUGGGACCAUGUCCACAGGCGGCGUCUGGUUUGCGCUUCUGUCCGACACGCCUCCUCUCAUGCAAGCGUGUUGGCUCGCUCACGGCAAUCAUGCAAUCGGUCGGCGCUGCAUACGAAAUCCGAUCGGACCCGUCGAUUGACCAAGCGUUCUGGCGUCGCUACCGCCAAAUGCUGCCGUUACUGAUAACCAUCGGUGCAGCCUUGGCCGGGUAUUUUGGCAGCUGGGGCUGGAGCGUGGUCCAUACAUCCCUUCUGGACUCGCUGCUGUUGGUAUGCACGUCGCCAUUGCUCAUGGUAGGCAUCAUCAUAUUGCGGUGGCUCUAUCGACAUUGUCGACCGCCCCAUAAAAACCAACAACUCCAGCCUGUCAAGUUGCAGCCUCGUGUAGCCCAAGAGAUCACCUCGUUGAUGGACAAUCGAGCCAAUCCUUCGAACGACCCCACAGGGUUUGAAGCAGUCGUGUGCCCAGAGAUUGCCCUCCCGCCAACCGUGGAUCGAGGUUGUGCGCCCAUCGUUGGGUUUGCUGGGAUCGUCGCGCUUUUAUCGACGGCCAUCGACAAAGGGAGCAAGAGCCGACAUGUGGCAUUGGGUAUUCCACUUGCCGGAGAUGGAUGCCUCUUUUUCUUUAUAUGCUCUCCGUCACCAGCGGUCUACUUGGGAACUGCGUCGCUUGUGUUUGAGUCGCACACAACAGUGUGGGGACUCGGACCAGCGUCCCUGUUUGGGUUCCUCGGAGACUGGAAACGCUUUGGCUUGGCCUUUGGCGCGGCCUUCUUUGCCGGGUUCUUUGGUCACGCGUGCGCAAAUAUCGCGGUGGUGUAUGUUAGCCCACUACUGAUCUCCAUUGCAGCACUGUGGGAGGCCCUCCUCGGAAGCCUCGUGGGGUAUCUGGUUGGUGUCCAAGGUCCGCCGGAUAUCAUGGCCCUCGUUGCAGCCAUCUUCCUCCUGGGCGGCGCCGCCCUCGUCACCCUCGGCGGUCGAGACAAGAACCCACCCGACCAUGCUGUGUAG